GUAGAUUCACUAGUUUAAAUGGGAGACUUGUUUCUUGUUUAUUUCAUACGCAAACUCCUUCAUCUAUUUCCCUCCUAAAAACUCCCAAAAAACCCAUAGUUUAGUUGCCAACUCUACCGCCGUCCUUUCCGCCGCCCUCUUCUAUUGCUUCUACUAGUACCCUUAUACCCAUUAAACUCGCAUCUUAAUUAUAUCCAUCAAAUAAAAUUACCAUAUAUUAGGGAUUUAUAUAUAGAUCAUAUAUAACAAAUGUCAAGAAUUGUAAAUGCAUCACCAGUUAGAGAUAGCGUACCUCUUUAUGACCGGAGACAAAUUGUAGAAAUGUCAUCGCCGACGUUUGGUCAGUUGUUGAAGAACGUCGGCGAUGUCACCGGCGACGACGAAAGUCCACUUCAUCAAGCUCUUACCAUGGACCCGCUUCACUCUAAUAUUCCCUUUGUACUCGCAUUCAACAACCUCACAUACAGUGUGAAAGUCCGCCGGAAGGUCAAUUUUCCGGUGAUCUCACGUAGCCGGAGUAGCCGCAGCGCUGCCGAGGAAAUCCCGUCCACGAGAACAAAGGUGCUUUUGAAUGACAUAUGUGGAGAAGCGCGUGACGGAGAGCUACUCGCGGUUUUAGGCGCGUCUGGUUCGGGAAAAUCGACGCUCAUUGAUGCGUUAGCGAAUCGUAUCGCGAAAGAUAGCUUGAAAGGGACAGUAACACUAAACGGCGAGCCACUGCACUCGAAAUUACUCAAAGUCAUAUCAGCUUACGUAAUGCAAGACGAUCUUCUGUAUCCAAUGCUUACAGUAGAAGAAACGCUAAUGUUCGCAGCUGAGUUUAGGCUUCCACGGAGUCUAUCAAAAUCGAAGAAAAAAUCCAGAGUUCAAGCUUUAAUCGAUCAAUUAGGGCUCAGAAACGCCGCAAAAACUAUAAUCGGCGAUGAAGGUCACCGUGGUGUCUCCGGCGGUGAACGGCGGCGCGUUUCAAUCGGAAUUGACAUAAUCCACGACCCGAUUAUUCUCUUUCUCGACGAGCCAACUUCGGGUCUAGAUUCCACCAGUGCUUUUAUGGUGAUUAAAGUACUUCAACGAAUCGCACAGAGUGGCAGUAUUGUAAUUAUGUCAAUCCAUCAACCGAGUUACAGAAUUCUCGGUUUACUUGACCGGUUGAUUUUCCUAUCACGUGGACAAACUGUUUACAGUGGCUCGCCGUUGACUUUGCCACAAUUUUUUGCUGAUUUUGGAAAUCCGAUACCUGAAAAUGAGAACCGUACAGAGUUCGCGCUUGAUUUAAUUCGCGAACUCGAAGGCUCAGGUGGGACAAAGAGCUUAGUCGAUUUCAACAAAACAUGGCAACAUAUGAAACGGACUAGUAGUACAAAUCAAAAUGCUGAAACAACAGCUAGAAAUAAAAAUCACUUAUCGUUAAAAGAAGCGAUAAGUGCUAGUAUUUCUAGCGGAAAAUUGGUUCCUGGUUCAACACAUGUUGCUACUAGUCCUACUUCUAUGGUUCCUACUUUUGCAAAUCCAAUAUGGACUGAAAUUGGUGUACUUUCAAAGCGAUCAUUCACUAACUCGUGGCGUAUGCCGGAGAUUUUUGCUGUUCGGUUUGGUGCGGUUAUGGUUACGGGUUUUAUACUGGCUACUAUGUUCUGGCGACUUGACAGUUCACCUAAAGGUGUACAAGAACGGCUUGGGUUCUUCGCGUUCGCGAUGUCAACGACUUACUAUACAUGUGCGGAUGCAUUGCCCGUUUUUAUUCAAGAAAGGUACAUUUUCAUGAGGGAAACGGCUUAUAAUGCAUAUAGAAGAUCAUCUUAUUGUCUUUCUCAUGCUUUGACUUCGAUACCAGCGUUGAUAUUCCUCGCUUUGUCAUUUGCGGCCGUGACAUUCUGGGCAGUUGGCUUAGAUGGUGGAUUUUCUAGCUUUUUGUUCUAUUUUGGUGUCAUUUUAGCUUCGUUUUGGGCAGGGAAUUCAUUCGUUACGUUCCUUUCUGGUGUCGUGCCUCAUGUCAUGCUCGGAUACACGAUUGUGGUAGCGAUUCUUGCUUACUUCCUACUCUUUAGUGGAUUUUUCAUGAAUCGUGAUAGAAUCCCGUCUUACUGGAUCUGGUUCCAUUAUAUUUCGAUAGUGAAAUACCCGUAUGAGGCUGUGUUACACAACGAAUUUGAAGAUCCCACGAAAUGCUUCGUUCGUGGGAUUCAAAUGUUCGAUAACAGUCCACUCGGGGCUGUUCCGAAUUCGUUAAAGGAGAAGUUGUUGAGCAGUAUUAGCAGUACAUUGAAUAUGAGGAUUACAAGUUCAACAUGUGUGACUACUGGAUCAGAUAUAUUGGUGCAACAAGGGAUAACACAAUUGAGCAAGUGGAAUUGCCUUUGGGUAACUAUUGCAUGGGGGCUUUUGUUUAGGAUUUUGUUUUAUUUCUGCUUGUUGCUUGGAAGUAAGAAUAAGAGAAGUUAAAUAGCUUGGGAUAAUAUAGUUAAAGGGUACUUUUGAAAACUUUUUUUAUUUGUCAUUGAAAAAGUUAUAUCAAAGUUGGGUGCAAUUUGAAAGUUAAUAGAAUUUGAAUAUAUAGUUCCAUGGCUUA